AUGCAAACUUCAAUUUUCAAUAGACCGUCAGCUAGACCUGUUAGAUUAGAAGCAUUAUCCAGAAAAAAACUUGCAGUUGAUGCAUCAAUUUGGAUUUAUCAAUUUUUAAAAGCUGUAAGAGACAAAGAAGGUAACGCGUUACAUUCAUCACAUAUUGUCGGGUUUUUUAGAAGAAUUUGUAAAUUGUUAUAUUACGGAAUUUUACCUAUUUUUGUAUUUGAUGGAGGAGUACCAGUUUUGAAAAGACAAACUAUUAAUGAACGAAAGAAUAGAAGGCAAGAAAAAUCAGAAUCAACUAGAGAAACUGCUCAAAAAUUAUUAGCUAUUCAACUACAAAGAGAGGCAGAAGGUUCAAUAGCUCCACGAAGGCAAAUUAAACAAAAGUCUAAAACUCCAGAUUAUGAUGAAGACGAUGAUGUAAUUUAUUUUGCUGAUUUACCAGGUAAUCAACAACCAGAUGUUGAAAAAUCACCAGAACAACCUAAAUCAAUAAAGUUUAGAAAAAAAGAUGAAUAUCAUUUACCAGACCUACAUGAGUUUAAAGUUUCAAGACACGAUCAGAGAAUUAUGCCAGAUGAUGAAGUGAUAGAAUCAUUAGAUGAUUUUGAUCAUGUAGAUGGAAUUAAUAUUAAUGAAGUUGAUCCAAAAUCUAAAGAAUUCUCGAGAUUACCAAUAGCAACUCAAUAUAUGAUAUUGAAUCACCUUAGGCUAAAAUCAAGAUUAAGAAUGGGAUAUAGAAAAGAACAAUUACAAGAAUUAUUCCCGAACCUGAUGGAUUUUUCCAAAUUUCAAAUACAACAAGUUCAAAAAAGAAAUUUCUAUACUCAAAAAUUAAUGAAUGUUACAGGAAUGGGUGAAGAUGUUAAUGUUGAAAAAAGAAUUGCUGGUGACAAAGAUAGAAAAUAUGCGUUAGUUAAAAAUGAUGAUGGAUGGACUUUAGCACUUCAAGGUGGUGAGACAAGUAUAACUAACCCUAUCCACGUUUAUUCCGAGGACGAAUUGAAAGAAAAAGUUCAAAGUUUAAAGCAAGAGCAGAAUUUGGAGCCAAUAGUGGUAGACGAUGUUGUUGAUGAUAGUGAUGAUGAUUUCGAAGAUGUACCAUUGCAAGAGGAACAAGAAACUGAAAUGGACAAAGAAGUACAAGAGGCGCUUAUAAAGUCAAUUUAUGAUCAAUACAAUACAAAAAGUGAGAUUCAAAAUGACGAAGAGGAGGAUUUGAGGAGAGCAGUAGAAGAAAGUAAGCAAGAUUAUUUUAAUUUAAUGGAAGAGGAGAAGAAUAUGGAGCAAAUUGAUUCUACGAAAGAGAAGAUAGAUUUUGCCUCAUCCUCAUUAUUUCCAAUUCAACCAUCAUUUGUUGAGCAGCCAAAAGAAAAAAUUGAUUUUAGUUCGUCUUCUUUAUUUGCAGAACCAAUUGCUAAAAUUGAUGAACCGAAAACUAUCAAGGCUGUUGAAUUUUCCAAAAAUACACCUACUAAAGAACCACAACAAAAAGCAUUACCAAUAAAAGAAAUAUCAUCAAAAAAUGAACUAAAAAACUCAUUCAUGUUUCAGCCAGAAGAUUAUAAAACCGGUAAGAUUGAAAUAACUAAAGGAAAAAAUGAGAAAAAAGAAGAGUUCGUAAAUGAACCAAAAGUUUAUGAACCAGAAGAUCUGGCAUUUGAAUUUUCUGACGAGGAGAUAAUAGUGGCCGAUGAACUGAAGAAAACUAAAAAGCUGAAACCAAAAUCAUAUAGCAAGGAAAAGUUCAAGCUACCAGAUAGAUCGCCAAAACAAUCAAAAGCAGUGCAACAAAAUCUACCUAGUUGGUUCCAAGAUGAAGUAAAAAGAACUUUGAAUCCUCAUAAUGAAAAGUUCGUUUCAUACAAUGGAUUGGAUAUAGAAAAUCAAAAGCAAAAGAAAGAUGAGGAAGAAGAUGCAGGUUUGAUUCCAUGGCAUGAAGCUAAACAAUAUUUAGAUGACGAGAAUGAAGAUGGUGUGGACGAAGACGAAGUGCAAGAAGUAAAUCCUGACUUUGAUGAAGGAACAAUACCACAUGAAAAUAACGUUGUCCGUGAUAAUAAGACAAAACUGCAAGUAGAAGAAACUCAGAAAAGAAAACCAGCUGUAAUUGAUUAUGAUUUUGAAGAAGAAGAUGAAGAUAAUUUAGUCAAACAAUUACAAAAUGAAGAAUUUGAUCAUGAAAAUUUAAGAACUCAAAUAAAAUCAUCACAUAAUUUACCAAUAUCAUCGAUCGAAACAAGAAUUACGGAAGAGCAAUUGUUACAAGAAAAAUUGGCGAAGGCUAAAAGGGACUCAGAUGAAGUUACUGAAAAUAUGAUUCACGAUGUCCAAGAAUUACUUAAAAGAUUUGGUAUUCCAUUCAUUACUGCUCCUAUGGAAGCUGAAGCUCAAUGUGCAGAACUUCUAAAGAUUGGAUUAGUAGAUGGUAUUAUCACUGAUGAUAGUGAUUGCUUUUUAUUCGGUGGAGAUAAAGUUUAUAAGAAUAUGUUUAAUCAAAAACAAUUUGUUGAAUGUUAUUUCAAAGAAGACGUGGAGCAUAAAAUUGGUUUGACUCAAACAAACUUGAUUGAAUUAGCUUUACUUUUAGGAAGUGAUUAUACUGAAGGUAUAAAAGGUAUUGGUCCUGUUUUAGCAAUGGAAAUACUAGCAGAAUUUGGAAAUCUAAGAAAGUUCAAGUUGUGGUUUGAUGAACAUACUAAAUCAGCUAAAGAUAAGUCUAAUUUAAAUUCAUUAGAGAAAAAUUUGUUGACAAGAAUCAAAAAUGGGAAGUUGUACUUACCUGAUGGAUUUCCAGAUAAAGUUAUAUUUGAAGCAUAUGAAUUACCACAAGUAGAUACUGAUAAAAGUGAAUUUAAAUGGGGAGUUCCAAAUUUAGAUCAAAUCAGAUCAUUUUUAAUGUAUAAUGUUGGUUGGACUCAAGAAAGAGUUGAUGAAGUUAUGAUUCCCUUAAUUAGAGAUUUAAACAAAAAGAAAGCUGAAGGUACUCAAUCUACAAUUGGAGAAUUUUUCCCUCAAGAAUAUAUACAAAGUAGGAAAGAACUUAAUUUGGGUAAAAGAAUGAAAACUGCCGCUAAUAAAUUGAAUAAAAGAAGAAAAGUAUAG